AUGUUUAGCGGAAGACCCAUCAACAUGAGCACAAGCAACACAUACCCACCACAACAGAUGCCUCCCCAGCAACCAUAUCAACAACAACAAUGGCCAAUGUCUCAAGAUCAAUUUAAUCAAUUAACAAAGCAACAAAAUCUUCAAAAACCAACUUCCAUCAUCACAAAGGUUUAUCUUCCUGAUGAUGAAAUUAGACGUACCACGAUUGAUGCUUCCUUUGAUCUCAAGAAAAUCAAUGCUAAAGUUAAAAGCUUUACCAGCGUCGCUGACAAGGAUCUCGAUCUUGCUUGGUUUGAUGAUCAAAACGAAUUCAUCCGGUUUGACACCGAAGAAGAAUGGGCUGAAGCAAUCAAGUAUGCUUCAACAGUUCCUGUUUUCAAAUUGAAGGCUACUCUUCAAAAGAAGCCAACCGUUCAAUCGCCACCACCUUCAACCAAUACCAGUCCAGUCGUACAGGAGAAGAAGCCUGAACAGCCACCAGUAGUUCAACAACCACCAGUCGUUCAGCAGCCAAAGCCACAAUCUCCGCCUGUUGUUCAACAACCACCUGUUCAACAGCAGCCACCUGUCGUUCAGCAACCAAAGCCACAACAACCACCACAGGUUCAACAACCACCUAUUCAGCCUCCUUCGUUCCCUCAUCAACCAUUGCAACCACAGGUACCAUUCCAACCACCUUUUAAUCAACCACCCAUGAUGAGAUCUCCAAUGGGCCAACCACCUCAGCCACAACUUCAACCUUUUGGUGCAAUGACUCAACCUCCAUCCAUGAUGCAGCCAAUGAAUCAAAUUAUGAAUCCACCAAUGAAUACAACUUUCAUGCCAUCACAGCCAAAGAAUCUUGGAAAUAGUGUAACCUUAAAUCAACCACAUCCACUUAACACGAGUGGCAUGAGCAAUAACACAAGUAGAUCACCUCAGCCACCAUCUCAGCCCACUGUCGUCGAUCCUGACUUUGAGAAAUACCGCCAUGAAUUGCAAGCUUUGGAAGAGUGUCAAGCACCUGGUACCAAGGAGUUACAAAUCAAAUUGCUCAAACAGUACAAUGGUGAUCUUGACAGAGUUGGACAAGAAUUGUUCUCUAUGAAUUUUUAA